UGGUAAUUUAGUCUGUUUUGUACGUUUCGGAUUGUUGUCAAACAAUCUAGUAUUCUAGAGUAUUAAAUUUCCUCGAUAUUUCAAGUUGCAGGAUAUACUUUUAAAAGUUUUCUCAAAUAGUGACUUAUAAAUCAUUAGUUUAAAUCACAUUCAGUUUAAUAGCUUACGUUUUUAAGACAAGACUGCAACUAUGUCCGUCCCGAUGGUAUUGUGUCAAUUAUGGAUGGGAGGGCUUGAACCAUACAUGACAGAAAGUUUUAUCAUGAAUGCAUUUCAUAAAAUGGGCGAACAGCCCCAAAUAGUUAAAGUUAUGAGAAAUAGGUAUACUGGAGAACCUGCUGGUUAUUGUUUUGUUCAUUUUCCAACUGAUGAAAUGGCUCUUGAUGCAAUGCAUAAAUUAAAUGGGAAACCCGUUCCAGGAUCUAGUCCACAAGUGCGAUUUCGUCUAAACCAUGCCAGUACAACUGGGAAGCCCGCUGCAGAAAGGGAGUACAGCAUUUGGGUAGGAGAUCUCUCAACAGAUGUUGAUGACUACUCAUUGUACAGACUAUUCGCGGCAAAGUACAAUUCUAUCAGAACAGCUAAGGUAAUAUUGGACAGUUCAGGCUUUAGCAAAGGUUAUGGUUUUGUCAGAUUUGCCAGUGAGGAGGAACAGAAAGACAGUUUGAUCACAAUGAAUGGAUACAGAGGUCUUGGAACAAAAUCUCUGAAGAUUUGCAAUGCUGUACCUCGUCCUUGGAAUAAAGUAUCAGACUCAAAUUCUGCUCCAUCUGACUACUCAUCAGGCAUGUCUUCAGAAUCUUAUAAUUAUUAUGACCCAUCUUCAUACUGGAAUAGUUAUAGUGCUUGGCAGCAAGGUUAUUAUGAAAGCGAACCAACUUCUGAUGGAUACAGCAACUAUGUGUCUGAUCGUAAGCCCGAAGAAGAUGAACUAGAGCUGAUCGAACAUUCAAUUCCAUUCGACGGCGAUAAAUCAAACAGAGAAAUUAUCGAACAAGAUUACAACUUAUGGGAUGCUUUGGAAAGUUCAAAGUGGAUUCCAUGUGAUACUCUAGAAUUAUGCUAUUGAUAUUCCGACGCUGUG